AUAUACAUAGUUUCGAAGACAAAAACCAUCCGACAAAAAUGGCGACAAAACUCCAAACCAGUGUGUUCUCCGUUGCUGUGUUUAUGCUUCUUAUGUUGGUCCAAACGCAUGCCACCGAUCACUCCGAGGCUCCUUCUCCUCAGCUGCUGCAGCCUCCACAAUCUAACACUAACAAUUCUCAGUAUGGUACAACUCAAGGGAGCCUCCAACCUCAAGAGUGCAGAGGGAGAUGUGAGGGGAGAUGUUCGAGAACGCAGUACAAGAAGCCAUGCCUGUUCUUCUGCAACAAAUGCUGCACCAAGUGCCUCUGUGUUCCUCCCGGCACGUACGGGAACAAGCAAGUGUGUCCUUGCUACAACAACUGGAAAACUAAACGAGGCGGUCCUAAAUGCCCCUGACUCUAUUAUGUUUUUACUGUUUUAUCGGUUUAGGUUUCCAAAACCAGCGCAUGUAACAUGUUCCGGUUUAUUCCGGUUUAAUCACGUCUUCCCUCUUUUAGUA